AUGCCUCGCAAAAGCCGCAGCAGUCGUCAUCACGAACAAAUCGUUCCCGGAAGCACCGACGAAUACAUAGCCAUUAUCCAACCAGCCGAUGGUGACCCCGAAGUCAUCAGUGGAGGACUCGAAGGCCUGCCUGGUUGGGGCCCUCGACGAGGUCCGCCCACACCCACAUACGAAGAGGCAGGUUAUGCGGGCCGUGAGUUUGGCUGGCGUGAAGCGUAUCCUCAAGCCCAUCGUGGGAACUACGAGCGCAGUUAUAUACAUCACCAGGAAAGGGGUUUUGGCCAUGGUCAGUGGUUUCGCGCUCGCGAAGGGUUCGAAGACGGUGAGGACGAUGGCUGGGGGCAUGGAUAUAUGGGUGGAUUUCAAGAUGGCUACGCAAACUAUGGAUCACGUUAUGGACCGCAGUAUGACGAUUACUACACUGGACUGCAUGGGGUUGAUGACUUUGGAGGUUAUGGUGAUUACCCCGGCGGACACUAUGGUUACUUUGAUGAACGUAGGGGUCAUUAUGGGCAUGAUGCUUACCCUGGGUAUGGAUUUAACAAUCAGAUGGAUGAUGAUUAUGGGUAUAGUAACUAUAUGGAUGGUGGAUACGGGUACGAUGAUUACCUGGGAGGAUAUGAUGGCUAUAACAAUUAUUACGGCUAUGGUAGACAUUGCGGAUAUGGCUACUACUAG